GUAUGGACUCCGUUGAUCUCGCUCUGGGGUUUCAAAAGGAAUUCGCGAGAUUCAAAAUUUUGAUUCCUGCUAACAGAAUUAGCAAAUUUUUGCUUUAUUGUAUAAUUAGAGCUGUGUUGCUCUCUACAAAAGGUGAAAAUUCAAUAUAUGGCUGAACCAAGUCCAAAUAAUCUGUCAUCUGCUAAUGCUGUGUUUCUGGGAGCUUUAGCUUCCGGUGUCAAUGGUCCUACAUGGUUUGUGCUCAAGAUUAUAUUUUUAAUGCUUGGAGUUACUCUUACUGCCAUGCUUGCAUUGGCAUUUUCCUCGAGUGAUUUCAUUAUCGUUGGCCAUGUUGCUUUGCUUGUUAUUAUCGGUGCACUGCUUUUUGUACUCUUAAAUGGUUUUCUUGCAGAGACUGGUCUGGUAACAGUGGAACAACAAAUGGAGGAGAUGGGUAUCUCAAAAACUAAUCACAUUGACAAAGACAAAAAGAGCUUGUAAUCCACAACAACUCUUGAACAAGAAAAGCCAUUUCAGGCCAAAUUUAUUGCACAUAAUUAUUGGUAAGAGCUACAUACAACCAAUGCAUUGCAUUCACCUAAACACAGAAAGAGAGAGAGAGCAUUCAGAGAACCUUAUCCAGCCACAUUGAUUAUUGUAUCCAUCAUCUC